AUGGAUCAAAUGGAAGGAUGCAUUGCUAUCACAGCAUCUACCGGUCCCAGAACGCAAUCGAUUAGAUUUUCAACCGUGACCCAUGUGAUCCCAUCGGCAACACGACGUCCAGCCAGAAGAAGACGUUAUAGAAGAUUGGAUGAUAUUCGUUUCAGUCGGCGUGUGACACCAUAUCAACCACCUUCGCCACCUCCACCACCUCCGUUGGUUAUUAAUUUACCAAAUGUAGUUGGACAUCAACCAAUAGAUGAUGGAACACCAAUCGGCAUACCUGAACAGGAGUUAAAUUAUCCGAUGGAAUGGAAUACGAAUGGAAUAGAUCGGGGUGGAAGAUUAAUAAUCAAUAGUUUAACUACAGUUGAUCUUUACAGUCCAUGUAAAAAACAACCAUCAUUAGGUAUUGAAUCUGGUACUAUUCCAAAUACGGCCUUUUUUGCUUCAUCAUUUGUACAAGGUCGUGAACCAUAUACUGCUCGACUUAAUGGUCGUUAUGCAUGGAGACCAGCUUAUAUGGAUGCAGAUCAAUUUUUAUAUAUUGAUCUUGGUUCUCGAUACUAUGUAACUGCUAUAGCAACACAAGGACGUCGUGCAGCUAAAGAAUUUGUAAGAAUAUAUAAUUUAAUGUAUUCUGAUAAUGGACAUAAUUGGUUCUAUUAUACAAAUGAAGAUAAAAUCAUUGUGAAUUUUGCUGGAAAUAAAAAUGAUAAUGGAAUUGUUCGAAAUAAUCUUACUGAUCCAGUUAUAACACGUUAUGUACGUUUUAAUCCAAGACAAUGGAAUAAUUUUAUAUCAAUGCGUGUCGAAAUUUAUGGGUGUCCAUUUACUUCAUCAUCAUUCAGUUUUGAUAGUCAAACAAUUGCUUAUUAUGAUGCUACAUUUGUUCCAUUACAUAAUCAACAAGAUGAAUUACGUUUACGUUUUAAAACAAAUUAUCCAAAUGGUGUUAUUUUUUAUGCUAAAGGAACACAAAAUAAUGAUUAUUUAACUAUUGAACUUCGUAAUGGAAGUAUUUUUGUUGGUAUUGAUUUAGGCUCAACACCUGAACGUCCAGGUGCUACUAUAAUUCAAGCUGGUAGUGUACUUGAUGAUUAUCAAUGGCAUGAUUUAGCUAUUAUACGUUAUUUGAAAAAUGUUUCUGUAAAAAUUGAUCAAGCAGUUGUAAGAGAAGAAUCACAAAGUGCUUUUAAUGGUUUAGAUCUCGAUGGGAAGCUUUAUGUUGGUGGAGCACCUAAUCAUAUGGAACGAGGAAUAAUGGUUCGUCCAAAUUUUCAAGGCUGUUUAGAAAAUGUUUUAUAUAUAAGUCCAUCGACAAAUUCUAUAUUGGAUAUUUUACAAAAUUUACAACGACAAAAUCCAUUCUAUGGUCUUGAACAAGGAAUGGUUGGUUCUGGUGCUAUGUGUGAAACCUACAUAUAA